AUGCCUUUCGGACAGCUUUCUAUUAGCAAUAGGGGUAUCCCGCAGCAUGACCCUCCCUACAGUGACGCUACUCCUGUAUUCGACGACGUUACAGUCUUGACUAUACAAUACCGAACAUCUUUCAAGAGCAUCAGCCACCUUAUUCCGGAUGUGAUCGAAGUUGAGAACGAGCCCCUAGUGACUGCUACUUUACUUAAUUAUGGUGCUGGCCCUGCUGGGCCUUUUCUUGAAUUUAUUCAUACUGUUGAGGCCAAAUAUCUCGGCAAAUCCUAUGAUUUCUGCCUGUCUCUGAUUCUUGACAAUGAGAUGGCUGUCCUUGCGGGCAGAGAGCCAUGUGGAUUUCCCAAACGACUGGGUCAACUCUCCCUGACAACGCGCUCAUCAAACAGAGCUACAGGAUAUGUUGAGCGACCAGUUGGACAGAAGCUGGUAGAGCCAUUUUUGAACCUCCGUGUCAUUCCCUCGCCUGUUACAGGCGCUCCAGCGUCACUUAAGGAGUUGGUGCCUUCCAAUUUUGAGACCAGGCCGGUCGAGGUUUGGGAGGGGGUGGGAAAGUUGACAUUCCCCGAGAAUUGUCUCCAGGCUGAAGCUAUAAACAAGAUCGAGAUUGUCCGAUAUGAAUCCGCAACGUUGGGAUAUGGCUCGGCUUGUAUAUUACACCCUUCCGAGGAAGUUUUCCAACUGUGA